AUGCCACCCGAACCAGAUGGAUCCAAUGGAAUAGAACGAAUAAAUACAAAUGAUAAAGAUGGUGAACCAAAAAAACCGUUUAUAUAUCGUGUCAGAACUGGUACCACCAGAUUCAUGAAAUCACUCCGUAUUUUUAUUUAUGAUAAAGAACAUCAAACAUUUUUUGGAAAUACAAGUCCAUCAUGGAUUAAAAUCUCUGUAUAUUAUUUCUUCUUCUAUAUUUGUUUGGGCCUAUUCUAUGCAGGUAUGGUUGCUGUAUUUGCUGCUAUUUUAUCACGUGAAUCACCAACAUAUACAUAUCGUAAUAAUCAAAUGAAAGUUGGCGGAACAUUUUAUGUUGGAAUGGGUUUUCGACCAAUGCUUGAUAUAACUUCAACAUCAAUCACUUGUUAUGGUGAUUCAGCAUCACAAAAUGAAACAGCAUCCUCUUUAACAAAUUAUCGAUUUGGAUAUCUUACACAAUAUGAUACAACAUAUUUAGAAGAAUGUAGUCCAUUUAAUCCGGCUUCAAACCUUCAAGGAAGUCAUUCAUGUAAAUUUUCUUGGAGUGAUAUUGUUACCAGUGAAACACAUCCUUGUUCUACAUCAAAUAUGCAUGGAUGGCCAAUUGGUAAACCGUGUGUACUUAUUAAAUUAAAUCGAAUUUACGGUUGGAUACCAGCUAAUGGUAAUAUCGUCGAUCAAGUAGCUAAUGCAACAGGCCAACCAGUAUUAUCUAUUGAUCAACAGGAACAAAAUAUUUAUAUAACUUGUGAAGGUAAAGAACAAGCGGAUAAAGACAAAAUUGGUAAUAUGACAUAUUAUUCAAUUUUACAUCCACUUGGUAUUCCAUAUUAUGGUGGCAUACCUUAUUAUUUUUUUCCUUAUAGGAAUGCACCAGAAGACGUUGAACCAUUUGUAUUAGUACAAUUUAUGUCAUUACCAUUAGAUGACAAAGUGAAUGUAAUAUGCCGUGCUUGGGCACCAAAUAUUCAACAACUUGCGCAAGGUACAACGCGUCGUGGAGCUGUUACGUUUGAUAUAAUGAGAUCAAAUAGUAAUGCUCCUAUAGCUAAAUAA